CGUAGCCACAAUGCACUCAAGCGCGAACAUAUUUGCAUUUUUGCUGAUAAUAGUUGGCUUUAUCACAGUGAGAGCUCGAAAUAUACCGCCAUUCCUGAAGAUAUGUCACCGCAAUGAUCCGAAUCUAAACGAAUGCGUAAAGCAAAGCGUGAACUCGUUAAGACCUUAUCUGAAAACGGGCAUUCCAGCAUUACAAAUACCACCUUGUGAGCCACUUCGCGUACCACAAAUUGAAAUCAGCCAAGCAGUUGGUCCAAUUUCCAUCACAUCGACAUAUACUGAUAUCGAGGUUCAAGGUGGAACAAAUUUCACCUUAAAGAGUGUCAAAAUUGAUAUUGAUAAGGAUCGCGUUAGAUUGAAACUGUACCUUCCACGUCUUGAAAUGAUCGCGCGCUACAAUAUGAACGGAAGGAUCAUGCUGCUACCAAUAACGGGAAACGGAUUGGCGCGUGGUAAUUUCACGGAUAUCGAAGUGAUAGCUACUGUUCAAGGUGAACGUUAUCAAUCUCAAAAAACUGGCGAGAUUCAUUAUCGUGUGGUCGACUUUUACGUAGACUUCGAUGUUGGAAACGCCAAUAUUUAUCUGGAUAAUUUAUUCAACGGCGAUGGUACUUUAUCCAAUGCUAUGAACCUCUUUUUAAACGACAACUGGAAAGUUGUAGCGGCCGAAAUUAAACCAGCUCUCGAGAAUACCGUUUCAGACAUAUUUAAAACGUUCUCGAAUAAGAUUUACUCCAAGUUUCCGCUCGAUACAUUAUUACCACCCUAAAUAUACAUAGUCGUUUCGUAUUAAUUUUUUUUACCGAUAUUUAUAAAGUUUUAAAUAUAGAUAAAUCUAUUUAUAUACAAAGGCUGUCUAUAAAGAAAGCAAAAAAGCGCCCUAAUGCGGUGACAUCGUUCGGUUUUUUUCUGGACAGUUCUUGUACAUAGACUUACAAUAGAUAUCGUAAUACAGAAUUAUGUACAAUUAAUAUUAUUAGCAUCAAGGUACUCGAUAGAUGUUAGAUGUUAUUUUAAUUUUUUAUAACUUUACUUUUAUUGACGUCAAAGCCAAGUUAUUGCGUUACAAGAACAAGUUCGGUAUUUAAAUCACCUAUUACAAUUACAUACCACUACAAAUAUAUACAUUGUGUACUUUUUAUUAAAUAAACUAAGUGAAAUGUAUUAUAUAAUUAAAAUACUUUCCUUUUUUAAUUUACGCGUUAACUUAUAUAAUUUAAUUUAAUAUAAUAUUUAAUAGUAUA